CCCUACUGCCGUGCCCCUCGGCCGUCGUCUCCCCGUCCAUUUCCGAAUUCCAGCUGCGCUGCCCCCUCGGCUCCUUGGAUCCCACGCUGCGGCGGCGGCUGAGGCUUAGGGUUUUGGGCCGCGGCAAGGAGGGAGGAGCGGAUGGGGACGGCGGGGAAGGGCGCAUGGGUGGUGCCGGCGCCAGCGUACAGGGAGGUGGAGGGGUGGGAGGGCGUGGGCGACGACGCGCCGGGGUUCAGGUGCGGCCACUCGCUCACCGUCGUCGCGCCCACCAAGGGGCACGGCCCGCGGCUCAUCCUCUUCGGCGGCGCCACCGCCAUCGAGACCGGCGCGUCCUCGGGCCUCCCAGGCAUCAGGCUCGCGGGGGUGACGAACUCGGUGCACUCUUACGAUGUCGAGAAGCGAAGGUGGGCAAGGUUACAUCCCUCUGGAGAGCCUCCAUCACCGAGGGCCGCGCAUGCUGCAGCUGCUGUGGGCACCAUGGUUGUUUUCCAGGGUGGGAUUGGACCAGCAGGGCACUCCACGGACGAUCUCUAUGUCCUUGACCUCACAAACGACAAGUUUAGAUGGCACAGGGUCGUUGUUCAGGGGGCUGGGCCUGGUCCUCGCUAUGGUCAUUGCAUGGAUUUGGUAGUCCAGCGUUAUCUUGUCACAGUUUCUGGAAAUGAUGGAAAGCGGGUCCUGUCAGAUGCUUGGGCUUUGGACACAGCACAAAAACCAUAUAGGUGGCAGAAACUUAACCCUGAAGGCGAUAGACCUUCAGCGAGGAUGUACGCUACUGCUAGUGCACGCUCUGAUGGCAUGCUUUUACUUUGUGGUGGAAGGGAUGCUUCUGGAACGCCACUUUCUGAUGCUUAUGGACUACUAAUGCAUACAAAUGGCCAGUGGGAGUGGACUCUAGCUCCAGGGAUAUCUCCAUCUCCAAGAUAUCAGCAUGCAGCUGUUUUUGUUGGUGCUCGGUUGCAUGUUACUGGAGGUGUCCUUAGAGGAGGGAGAGCUAUUGAAGGAGAGGGUGCAAUAGCAGUCCUGGACACCGCUGCUGGAGUUUGGCUGGAUAGAAAUGGCAUUGUGACUUCUCGCACUUUAAAGUCAUCUAAUGAGCAUGAUGCUUCUUCGGAUCUACUUCGUCGCUGUCGUCAUGCAGCCGCCUCUGUUGGUUCUCAGAUAUACAUUUAUGGCGGACUGAGGGGAGAUAUCCUCCUAGAUGAUUUCCUUGUUGCCGAAAAUGCACCUUUCCAAUCAGAAAUUACUUCAUCUAUGUACAAUGCUGAUAGAGUCCCGAGGGCAGAAAAUCAAAAUAGAAAUCAUAACUUUAAUUCAGAUUCUCCUGUCCAGCAAUCUACAAAUAACAGACAAGCGACAGCUCCUGGUUUCAGUGUGGACACGAAGUCAAUUGACAUGUUGACAAAGGCUUCAGCUGCCGAAGCUGAAGCUGUUAGUGCUGCAUGGCGAGCUGCUAAAGAAGCAUCUGCAGCAUCUUCAGAAGACAGUCUUUCAGAGGGAAUAGGAUCUGAGUCCCCACUGAGUGAAACUUCACCAAUGCCUGAAGAUUUAGAAGAAGGGGGCUCCCUAGAACCAGAUGUGAAACUACAUUCUAGAGCAGUUGUAGUUGCUAAAGAAGCAGUAGGAGAUUUAGGAUGUUUGGUCCGACAGCUUUCUCUAGAUCAAUUUGAGAAUGAAAGCAGACGAAUGCACCCUUCAAGUAAUGACCAAUCAUAUCCAGGCAGGAGAGCUUUAAAUAGACAAAGGUCCCCACAAGGUUUGCAUAAGAAGGUUAUUUCGUUCUUACUUAAGCCAAGGAACUGGAGAGCGCCUGCUGAUAGGACCUUUUUCCUUGACUCUUACGAAGUUGGCGAGCUAUGCUAUGCUGCUGAGCAGAUUUUUAUGCAAGAACCAACUGUUUUACAAUUAAAAGCACCAAUUAAAGUAUUCGGUGAUCUUCAUGGGCAGUUUGGGGACCUAAUGCGCCUUUUUGAUGAAUAUGGUUUUCCAUCGACUGCUGGUGACAUAACGUAUAUUGACUAUCUCUUCUUGGGAGACUAUGUUGACCGAGGCCAGCACAGCUUGGAAACAAUAACUUUGCUUCUUGCUCUUAAAAUAGAGUACCCUGAAAACGUGCACUUGAUUAGGGGAAAUCAUGAGGCUGCUGACAUCAAUGCUCUGUUUGGUUUCCGCCUUGAAUGCAUUGAAAGAAUGGGUGAAAGUGAUGGUAUAUGGGCUUGGACGAGAUUCAAUCAACUUUUUAAUUAUCUCCCGCUUGCGGCCAUGAUAGAAAAGAAAAUCAUUUGCAUGCAUGGUGGCAUUGGAAGGUCAAUAAACACCUUGGAGCAAAUCGAGAAACUUGAAAGGCCUAUCACAAUGGAUGUUGGGUCCAUUAUCCUCAUGGACCUUUUAUGGUCUGAUCCUACAGAGAAUGAUAGUGUAGAGGGUUUGAGACCAAACGCACGAGGACCAGGCUUGGUAACAUUUGGGCCUGAUCGAGUGACAGAGUUCUGUAAGCGAAACAAAUUGCAAUUGAUCAUAAGAGCCCAUGAGUGUGUUAUGGAUGGGUUUGAGCGUUUUGCUCAUGGACAAUUGAUCACUUUAUUUUCAGCAACUAAUUAUUGUGGUACUGCAAACAAUGCUGGGGCCAUACUUGUGGUUGGCAGGGGAUUAGUCAUUGUACCGAAAUUAAUUCAUCCGCUACCACCACCUGUUAAUUCGCCUGAGUCCUCCCCUGAGCGGGGGGAUGCCACAUGGAUGCAGGAACUUAACAUUCAACGGCCACCUACUCCAACCAGAGGGCGGCCACAAGCUGCCGGUGAUAGGAAUUCUCUUGCUUAUAUAUGAUACAUGACAACCGCCUCAAGCUUAUGGAUCUGUUGUUUGUAAUCAGAAAUUUCUUUCCAGUUUCAAGGUACAUAUGUUAUACCUCAGAAGAACAAUCAACCGACAAGGCAUUAUGGAUGCAUUUGUGAAAAGUUCCCUGGUAGUCCAUAGCCAUGCAUGGGUGUGACUUCAGCUCCCCACUGGGAGGCAACAUGAUAGCAUUUCAGAUCACAAGCGACAUUAUAUGCUUCCCAAUCUGAUUCGGACUCUCUCUGCUCCAUUUUUUUGGGAGGGAAGAAUGCAGUACUCAUGCACCAUAGCCAAGUCUGGUGUAACUUGCAAUCAUAGGUCACCUAUAACUGUAGUGUACAUGGUUAGACCGUUGUUCAUUCUGACUUUCAGAGUAAGAAGGCUUGCAAUGUUUGUAUACCAUGCCGCAGCGUAGGACGCUGUAUACUAUACCAGUUACCAGAUUCUGAGUUAGAUUGCCCGCAGGGAUUUGAGGCUUUUCAUUUGCUCUUUUGCGGAGCUUGAAUGUUUCUAAGUGAACUGUCUUGUGAAUUAUUGAAUUUAUUUAUAGGUUUCUGCGCAAUAAUUAUGUUGUGCUUAAGUUCAA